AUGUCAAGUCCAAGACCAAAGAAGACUCGAGCAAACACAGAGCUACGAGAAGAGCUUGUAACUUUUGUCGAAGCACUUGAACAACGCAUGGCCACCUUGGAACAGCUCAUCGCCUCCUUGGCACCUGGAGUCGACUUCACAGAUAUCAUCGGAGAGUCAAUGACAAGAUCUGACCAAGCCACCAUGCAAAAGGACGCGGCUGACACUUUGCAGCCGCACACUAUGCCUCCCGUCAACGAUUCAUCUUACGCCCACUAUUCUGACCAUGACGUUGCGCGUGCACGCUUAGCAAAAAUGUUCGCGCCUUACCAUGCCGAACCCUGCUAUCGCAAGAAGGACAGCCAGGACGCAACCUACGACGAAGAAGCUGUCGACGACCUCAGUUUCAUUCAAAGUAGACUUGAAAGUGUCGCUAUUCACGACGAAGGCUCCCCUAAAAACAGCAGGCAGGAACCAGACGAAACCAUCAGCACCGAACGAAUCAUCGUAGGAAAGACUGCUCAAGCCGAUUCAUCCCCCUUACGAUCUCAAUUCUACAAGUGUCUCGGGAGCUCUUGUCCACUUUCUGCUCUUCCACUCAUCGCAGGUCUUAGCCAUCGUAGUGAAGUCGAGAUAGGCUCCCGACCUCACCGCGCUCGCCAGCAGUUCUGGCACUUUUCCGCCUCCCUCGACUCAUCAUCCAGCUAUGGCUCGUUCGGCCCACCGGUUACCCCUUCAUGGCCUGCACCCGACCUUGCAGAUCAGAUGGUGGAAGCGUAUUUCAGCCACAUACAUCGUGUUCAUCCCAUCGUCAACGAAGCACACUUUCGCCACGAAUACUCUCAACGGCACGAGUUGCGCAAUGAUGUAGAAUGGCUUGUCCUUUGCUACAGCGUCUUUAUGUUCGGCUCGCGCCAUGUGGUAGCCACGGACGCUGAGGAACGCGAUCGUGGGAUCCGACGAAACUCUGAUGGCAAGCAUUGGUGGCAAGCAGUCCAAGACAUUUUGUGCUGCACCCAACAUCCUCGUAAUCCCCUUCGUAUCAUCCAGGCCCUUCUGCUUUCCUCCGUCUUUCAAGCAGGCAUCCCCAUCUCUGCCUCCACAUCUUGGUCUCUGCUGGGCACAGCGAUAUGCAUGCUCCUCGACAUGGGUGCUCAUCGCAAAGUCUUCUACAAGAGGAUCAAAAUGUCCAGGCUGGACAAAGAGACAUUCAGGCGUAAUUUUUGGAUCGCAUACAGUCUGGAUCGCGAAACGGCUGCAUUGUUGGGCAGACCCGUGAUGCUGCGCGACGAGGAUAUCAGUGUAGACCUUCCACUCGAAGUAAGUGACGCUCGUAUCUUCUCGACGCCAGACCACGAGCCUCUCUCCAAGCAGUCAGACUGUCGACCUUCCUCCAUCAGCGCUUUCGUGUGUGCACUUCGACUGGACGAGAUCAUUGGUUUCACGCUCAGGUCUGUCUAUUCGCUCCACAGGACCAAGGUGCGCAUGGGUUUCGCCGCAGAAGAAUUCAGCAAAGAACUUGUCCAAGCCAUCGACAAGGCGCUUGAAGACUGGUUUGCCUCCGUACCCACUCACCUCCGCUUCGACGCAAACGGGCCCGACAACGAAAGGCUGACUCAGUCCUGCUUGCUAUAUACCAAAUUCUACAACUGCAAGAUUCUGCUUCAUCGUCCCUUUGUUUCAGGCCAUUGCGGUGGCAGCUUGGGGACGAGUAUCAACUUCUCUGCACUCAAUGUGUGCACAGAUGCUGCUCGAAGCAUAACGCAGUUGACAAGGGCAUGGCAAAAUCGAGGGCUGCAGUCCAACAUAAGCAUCUUUGUGGUCUAUCGCAUGUUUUCUGCGAGCACGAUCUUGCUCAUUGUCAUCUGGCACGCUAAGCGUACAGGACGCAAGGCUCCAAGUUGGGCGUCACAAGAUCUGCGCCAUGCAGUGGAGGUGUUUAGAAGCCUCGAGUCACAGUGGCAAUUCUGCGGUAAGGCUGUCGACAUGAUCGAGUGGAUCAUAAACUUAGACUUAUCAGGGGUGCCGACCGCAGGCAAUGUCUGGACCAACGAAGAGUCAAUCGACGACUAUAACUUGCCACAAUCGCAACCAGCCCAGCUCGCAGAAGCAGGCACAGUUCAAGUGCCUGCGUGGUCGCCGCAGAACGCGCCAGCCGAAAUAAGCGACAUGGCUCACCACCUCUCCUUCUGGCCAUUCAGUGCUCAAGGCCUGCUUAGCACAACCUCCGAAGCGAUGAGUGGACCAAUGCUGUCGCUUGCGAAUGGGCUGCCGCAGGAUACGACCUUUGAUUCAAUGAUUGGGGGUUUUCUUGAUUCGAUCGAAGCGUUCUUAUCGACGAGUGGCAACUCGUACACCUCAUCAGGGACGCUUGCCUUUCCAAACGCCCAUGACUGCUUUCCAUAA